AUGCCGCCUCAGCCUCUUAGCGGACCUCUGUGUACCAAAUCCUCCCUUGCAAAUAACAUGCGUUUUCUCGGCCUCAACAAGGGAGAUACUGUCCUUGUCCACUCUUCUCUUAGCAAGAUAGGCUGGAUAAACGGAGGAGCCGAGACUCUAACCCAUUCCCUCCUCGAUGUUCUCUCUCCCGAGGGGACAUUGGUCGUACCCACGCAAACAAGCAGCAACUCAGAUCCAUCAGCAUGGGUCAAUCCGCCUGUCCCUCAAGCAUGGUGGCAAACAAUCCGAUAUACCAUGCCGCCUUUUAACCCGCACACAAGUCGCACACAAGGAAUGGGUGUCUUGGCAGAAACUGUGAGGAAUUGGCCUGGUGCGGUGCGAAGCAUGCAUCCUCAAACAUCCUUCAGCGCAGUCGGUGCAAACGCUACAUUCAUCACCGAAGGUCAUGCCUUGGACUGCAUGUUGGGCGAGUCCAGCCCCCUCGCUCGCUUGGAAGAUCUAGAUGCAAAGGUUCUGCUGAUUGGUGUUGAUUUUGACAAGUGCACCUGCUUCCACUUGGCUGAGUAUAGAAUUGAGUCGAAGAAGUUUGAUAAUCGGUUUGCAGCUUCAGUGGACGGUGUUAAAAUGUGGAUGACGGUUUCAGAUGUAGCUAUAAGCGAUGAUGACUUUUUGAACUUGGGAGAAGAGUUUUUACGGGAGGGUGAUGUAACGAGAGGACAUAUUGGAGCAGCACCUUGUUACUUGUUCUCAUUGAAGACAGCAGUCAGCUUUGCUCAGCAAUGGAUGGUUUCCCAUAGGGCGCCGUCUACCUAA